UUUGAAGAGCAAAGUUGGUCAUUUCUCUUUUUUUGGCCGUGUAGUUUUUUUUCUUUUGGCCGUGUAGUCGUCGUUGAGCAGUAUCGUGUGUGGGCGGGGCUGACCAGAGCUCCUCGCCAUGAUGCCGGCUCUCAUGCUGCAUCGUGUUAGUUGUUCUGUUUGUGUAGAUUAGCACUCUGUCAGUAUCUGCAGACGGUUUUUGUCUUUUCUGUUAUCUUCUCGCCUUUAUUACUUUCUGACUUUAGGAAGCUGAAAUGUAGCCACACUUCGAUUUGAAACUGGAGGGUGCAUCUUCUUUUUCAGUAUCGCCUGGCGAGGAGCCUUUGCUUCGUCUAAUUUACGUUGGCGAGUUGUCUCUAGUCUCGGACAUGACGUAGGACGAUGAACACGGAGUGAUGUGGCACGUCAAGCAAGCGAAGUCAAAAGUACAUCACGCCCUCUGCUGUUCAAAAGAGUAUCGCCUUCAUUUUUCAUUUCACCGAUUUGAGUCUCACAUAUUUUAAUUGAUUUUUUUACUGCCUCGCGAUGCAUCGUUACAACCCUAUUCUGAGGCUCCCAUCGCUCCAGUUCUGUCUCGGGUUUUCGGGUCCUCCGUUUGUUGGUUCUUUGGCUUCCUGUUUCACUUGUUUCUGUGGUUCUUCAGAUCUUUGGUUCCUGCAUGUCUGUUCUCUGCUCUCAGGCCUCGCUCCGUCCAUCCACGUGUGGGACGCCAUGACCAAGCAGACGCUGUCCAUCCUCCGCUGCUCCCACGCCAAAGGGGUGGGCUACGUGAACUUCAGCGCCACAGGGAAGCUGCUGCUGUCUGUGGGGGUGGAGCCUGAGCACACCAUCACCGUGUGGCGGUGGCAGGAAGGCACCAAGGUGACGUGUAAAGGUGGCCACGCUGAGCGGAUCUUCGUGGUGGAGUUCAGGCCGGACUCGGACACCCAGUUCGUGUCGGUGGGAAUCAAGCACAUCAAGUUUUGGACUCUGGUCGGAGGGUCGCUGGUGUACAAGAAGGGCGUGAUCGGCUCGGUGGAGGACGGCCGGAUGCAGACCAUGCUGUCUGUCGCCUUCGGUGCUAAUAACCUGACAUUCACCGGGGCCAUCAACGGGGACGUGUACGUCUGGAGGGAGCACUUCCUGGUGCGGGUGGUGGCAAAGGCGCACAGCGGUCCGGUCUUCACCAUGUACACCACCCUGAGGGACGGACUCAUCGUCACUGGGGGAAAGGAGCGGCCGACCAAAGAGGGCGGAGCUGUGAAGCUCUGGGAUCAGGAGAUGAAGCGCUGCAGAGCGUUCCAGCUGGAGACGGGCCAGCCGGUGGAAAAUGUCCGGUCCGUCUGCAGAGGGAAGGGUAAAAUCCUGGUGGGAACCAAAGACGGAGAGAUCAUCGAGGUUGGAGAGAAGAACGCUGCGUCCAACACCAUGAUCAACGGACACACUCAGGGAGGGAUCUGGGGCUUAGCUACUCACCCUUUCAAAGAUGUCUUCAUCUCCGCCAGCGACGAUGGGACCAUCCGGAUAUGGGACCUGGCUGAUAAGAAACUUCUGAACAAGGUGAGUCUGGGUCAUCCCGCCAAGUGCACGUCCUACAGUCCCAACGGAGAGAUGGUUUCUAUCGGGAUGGAGAACGGAGAGUUCAUCGUCCUGCUGGUCAACUCGCUCACCGUCUGGGGCAAGAAGAGAGACCGCAGUGUCGCCAUCCAGGACAUACGGUUCAGUCCAGACAACCGGUUCUUGGCGGUGGGCUCAGUUGAAAGUGCGGUGGAUUUCUACGACCUCUCUCUGGGACCGUCCCUCAACAGGAUUGGCUACUGUAAGGACAUUCCCGGCUCCGUCCUGCAGAUGGACUUCUCCGCCGACAGCAAACACAUCCAGGUGUCGAGCAGCACCUACACCCGGCAGGUGCAUGAGGUUCCCUCGGGGAAGGCUGUCACAGAGCAGUCUGUGUUUGAGAGGAUCACCUGGGCGACCUGGACCAGCACGCUGGGCGACGAGGUUCUCGGAGUUUGGCCUCGUAACACAGAGAAGGCGGACGUGAACUGUGCGUGUGUUUCGCACGCCGGCCUCAAUCUGGUGACCGGAGACGACUUCGGCCUCAUCAAGCUCUUCGACUUCCCCUGCUGCGAGAAAUUCGUGAGUUCACUUUGUGAGCCAGAAAAAGCCUGAAACAUACGACUUAGUC